AUGACCACAACCAAAAGUGAAACCCCGUUUCAGGAAAAGAAAGGUGACAUGAUGAAAAAGCACACAGAGAACACAGAAGAAGAAGAACUAAAACCUUCAAAGAAGAAAGAACAAAAACACUACCACCACCACCCAAUUUCAAAACCUCCUUCAGCUCCAACCCUUCAAGAGUCAUUCAACAACUCUCACAGCCACCACUCUUUCAGCGAAGGGGACCUUCAUCAGAUGGUGGCUGCUAGCCACUCUCACUCCAUCAGUGAUGGUGCCAUCAAGGUCUUGAAGGAGGAAGUGAAUAACAAGAGUGUGGUGGCAGUGAUGGAUGUGGGAAAUGUUGAAGAAGAAGGGACACGAGAUGAUGAUGAUGAUGGAGUGUCCAAGAAAGAGGGUAAGAAGUGGUAUAUUGUUCUGUUGAUUCUGAGAAUUGUUGCUUUUGUGUUUUGCAAGAUAGCAUUCGCUGUGUUGGCUUCUGAUAGAAAGAAAAAAGUGCGUAGAGAAUCACCAAACAGAUGGUAUGAUGAUUACUCAGAAUCAUCAUUUGAAGAAGACUCUGAACCGCAUUGGUAUAACUUUGAGGAAUUCAAGUACUGCUUGUCAGUAAAUGUGCUUGGAUUUGUGUAUUCUGGAUUCCAAAUAUUUGUUCUAGUCAAGUACUUCAUUACUAAGAGACACAUGAUGAAACCUAAACUACGUUGUUACCUCAACUUUGCUAUGGAUCAGGUGAUGGCAUAUCUUCUAAUGUCAGCAUCAUCUUCAGCUGCCACCACAGCACAUUAUUGGUCAAACAGUAUUUUAGGUGCAGACAAGUCUGUGGAAAUUGCCAAGGCCUCUGUUGCUUUGUCCUUCGUUGCGUGUGUGGCCUUUGCAUCUUCUUCUGUUCUUUCUGCUUUCAUUUUUUCUAGAUUCAACUAG